AAUAUAUUAUCCCCUAGUUUUUCUACGGCGAUGCUAUCUGAAUAAUAAUUUUCCAACGGCUAAGUCAAGUUCAACGACGAAAGGCCUCCACGCAAAACGCAGUCCUUUGUCACAAUGGCGGCCCUGCUUCAGCCUUGCACGAUAAUUCCGUCUUCUUCUUCCUAUUUCUUUCGGGGCUCGAAGGUCUUCGUCCCUAAACCUCGAACCCACCUCAUUUCCAAGCCGCCUUCGCUCUGUAGAGCUUCAUGGCAGGAGCUUGCGGGAGUUCUCAUAUUCUCGGCGAUUCCUUUCACCGCUGUAAAAGCCAUAGCUAACAGUCCACUUGGAGAGUCACUUCAAAGGCGAAUGGAGGAGACGAAGAAGUCUGCGGUUGAAAAUUCCUCGAAAUUUAAGGCCUUGGCAGAGAAGGCAAGAAAAGAUAGCAUGUGGUAUGGAGAAGAACGCCCUCGUUGGCUUGGUCCACUUCCAUUUGACUAUCCCGCAUAUCUAACAGGGGAACUACCUGGGGAUUAUGGCUUUGAUGUUGCAGGACUGGGCAAGGAUCCUGUGGCUUUUCAGAAGUACUUCAACUUUGAGAUACUGCAUGCACGCUGGGCUAUGCUUGCAGCUCUUGGUGCUCUGGUUCCAGAAGUAUUAGACAUAUUAGGAGCCUUUCACUUUGUUGAGCCUGUCUGGUGGCGAGUUGGCUAUUCAAAGCUUAAGGGAGAUACUCUUGAUUAUCUUGGCAUUCCCGGACUUCAUUUAGCUGGAAGCCAAGGAGUCAUUGUCAUUGCAAUUUGCCAAGCACUCCUGAUGGUUGGACCAGAAUAUGCAAGAUUUUGUGGAAUUGAGGCAUUGGAGCCUCUUGGAAUAUACUUGCCAGGUGAUAUCAACUAUCCAGGAGGAGCGCUUUUUGAUCCCCUGAAUCUCUCCAGAGAUCCUGAAACUUUUGAGGAGCUGAAAGUGAAAGAAAUAAAAAAUGGACGCUUAGCAAUGGUUGCUUGGUUAGGCUUUUACAUGCAAGCGGCUUUGACUGGUAAAGGUCCUGUACAGAACCUUCUUGAGCACAUCUCAGAUCCUUUUCAUAAUAACUUGCUUACCAUCCUCAAGUCCAUAUCAUCGUGACUGUUAUUGUGUUAUCAUUGGAAAAGCUCUGCCCCAUGCAAGGUCAUGUAUAUAGAACAGUCACUUUGUUAAUAGUUCACACUAUUUUAUAUUCU